CUCAAUCCCAUUGUACAUGAUAUAAUUCCUACGUCCAGGACAAAGCAAGGAUGACGGACGGGACUGCUUUUUCGUGGACUGGACAGGGCUGCAAGAGUCGGAAAGGAAAGAGAGAGGAGAGCUGUGCUGAGCAGUGUAGAAAAUGAAGUUGUUUCUGCUGAACUGCAAUUCCAUCGCCAUUAGUAAUCUUCAGAUAAAGCAAAUAGGGUGGUAAAGGAGGAAGAUAAAGUAGCAGCGGUAAUGGUGGAGAUGAUGGGAUGGGAAUAAAGAAAAAAUGAUGGAUGGAGUAAUGAUGGUGUCUGUUGCUGUGUGGGUGUUACGUAGCUGUCGAAACCACCAAAAAAAAAAUAAUACAACUUCACAUUGCUUUGUAAAAAGUUUCCACUCUCCAUUCCCCUGCAUUCCCUUCCCUUCCCUUUCUCAACACCUAGUUGCAUCCUCCAAAGAGAAAAAAGAAACAAACAGCAGCAAACCCAGAAACCAGAGAGAGGCGAUCCACCCUUCCAUCCAACCAUGGCGGCCAACAAGUUCGCAACAAUGCUCCACAGAAACACACCCAGAAUCACAGUGGUGCUAAUCUACGCCUUCCUUGAAUGGAUCCUCAUCAUUCUCCUCCUCCUAAACUCCUGCUUCUCCUUCCUCAUCUCCAAAUUCGCCUCCUACUUCGGCCUCCCCCCGCCUUGCCUCUGGUGCUCCCCUGCCAUCUCCUCUUCCAUCUCUCACACAGACCUCAUCUGCGAAUCACACGCCAAAGAGAUUUCAACCCUCACCUUCUGCAACUCCCACCACCGCCUUGCAGACUCCCAGUCCAUGUGCCUCCACUGCCUCGCUUCCGCUCCUCCUCGCUCCGCCUCCACUGCAGCACCCACCGUUGCUGCAGCCUUCAGUUUCAUCUCCUGGGUUGCUGCCAAUGGCGAUCACGACAAGACCAAGAAGAAGGCUGAUAAUUGCCACCACCAGUGUUCCUGCUGUGGUGAGAUCGUAGCACCCGAUCUUUACCCUCCCCCGCCUUACUUGCUGCUCAAUCCUUUAAAAUGUGGGAUUCAGGAUGCUGCUGACGAUAUGAAGGGGGUCCAUUUGAUGCUUAUGGGAAUGGAAGCCAAUGAUGAUGAUGAUGAUGGCGAUCGUGGAGAUGGAGAGGCUGGUGCGAAUGCUGACUGUUUCAGCAGCCUUGAAGAUGGAACAGUUGAGGUUCUGAAAGAAACCAGGAAUCGGGAACAACAAGGAGAGGCAGAGAGGCAGAGGUCUUGCAUUGAGAUGGAGUUUGUAAAACAGAAUCAACCUUCUUCUGAUGAUCAUGACAGGUUCAUUGAGUACUGUUUUGGAGAAGAUGAUCCACUUGAAAUCAUGUCUCUUCAUCACGUUCACCACGAUUCCGGUUCCGGGUUUGAUUCGUCCACUUCUUCUGCUUACCAAGUUGGAUCAUGCAAAUCUCCGGGCCUGAAGCAGGAAAUUCAGGGAGAUGAAGCUCUAGUGGAUGCAGAAGAGGAACACAAAGAGAAAAUACACAGUGAGGAGGAAGAAGAAGCUGCAAGAAGUAUCGAGAUCUAUGCUAGUACGGAAAAAAAUGGCGAGAGAUCAUUAGCUGUGGAUCUUGCAGAACCCACAACAACUGGUUUAGAUGAAGAUGCAAAUACUCAAGGCUGGGAGAUUCACAACUCUGAAGCUAAACAAGGCAUCUUGCUGAAUUGCGGUGACCAGCAACACGAGGCAGAAAUCGAAGAUAUGGAACCAGUUGGAAAGCAAGAAGAAAACUCUACAGCCCAGGAAGGAAUUGCAGAAGACACUGCAGUUACACUCAAUAAUGAGUUCGAGGAACUUCACACCCCCUCUUCAACUGAAGUUCAGGAAGAAUCAACUCCAUUGCCAAGCCAGAUAGAAGAAAACGAAGAAGAAGAAGAAUCUGAACCUGCAACUGCUCCUGAACAAUCACAUGUAACUAGCAAUGGACUUGGCGAGCUGCUGCAUUUCAACACUUCAGUUGAGAAGAAUGAUGCUCCUCAACAAUCACAUGUAAAUAGCAAUGGACUUGGCGAGCUGCUGCAUUGCAACACUUCAAUUGAGAAGAAUGAUGCUCCUCAACAAUCACAUGUAACUAGCAAUGGACUUGGCGAGCUGCUGCAGUGCAACACUUCAAUUGAGAAGAAUGAUGCUCCUCAACAAUCACAUGUAAUCAGCAAUGGACUUGCCGAGUUGCUGCUUUUCAACACUUCAGUUGAGAAGAGUGAAGAAGGAAUUGGGAAUCCUGAUCAGGAAAGGCUUCCCGACACACCAAAUUUCAUGGACAACAUUCAAAGCAACUUGCACAAUAAGCUACUGAUGAUGUUCGAGAAAAGAGACUCGGGUGCGGAAGAGUCAUUUGACGAUGGAAGUGUGGUGAGUGAGAUUGAGAAUGGCGACCCGGUUCUCACCAUAGAACGCCUGAGAACAGCUCUGAAGUCAGAGCAGAAUGCACUGAAUGCUUUAUAUACAGAGCUAGAGGAAGAGAGGAGUGCAUCUGCAAUCGCUGCAAACCAAACCAUGGCAAUGAUAAACCGGCUUCAAGAAGAAAAGGCAGCAAUGCAGAUGGAGGCACUACAGUAUCAGAGAAUGAUGGAGGAGCAGUCCGAGUACGAUCAGGAGGCUUUACAGCUUCUGAACGAUCUGAUGAUCAAGAGGGAAAAGGAGAAGCAGGAGCUCGAAAGAGAGUUGGAAGUUUACCGGAAAAGGGUUUUGGACUAUGAAGCCAGAGAGGAACUGAUAAUGGUGAGAAGAAGAAGAAGCGAAGAUGGCAGUUUAAGAAGUGUCAAAUCUUCAUCUACUUGCAACAAUGGUGAGGAUAGUGAGGAGUUAUCAUCAAUUGAUUUGAAUCGUGAAGCAAGGGAUGAGAGUGGAAGUAUGAGCGAGAACCCAGAAAGCAGUAAUGAUCACAAUAGUUAUGGUGGUGGUGAAGACGAGAACAUAAACUUGGAGGAAAUAACAAUGGACUGUGUGCACCAUAUGACUGCACUUGAUGACUCAUUGGCAGAGUUUGAGGAUGAGAGGCUUUCAAUUCUAGAUCAGUUGAAGGUGUUGGAGGAGAAGCUGCUCAACCUGGGGGAUAGUGAUGAGCUGAUGAAUGAUGUGAAUUCGGUGAGGCAAUCACUGAACUACAGCAGUGUCUCUCAACAUGGGUUUGAUGACAGCUACGAUAACGAGUUGAGUACACCAGAAGAAGAGGAUGGAGCCAAGGAAACCAAGCAUUGCCCUGAGAGGAAAACGAUGGCUUCGAUGGCAAAGAGCCUCCUUCCUUUAUUGGAUGCUGCUGAGGAGGAUGAUGAUGAUAGAGAAGAAGAAGCAGAAGAAGGGCUGACGAAUGAGAAGAAGAACGUGGAAAUAUCUGGGAUGGAUGGUGAUUCUUCUUCAGUUGUUAGCAGAUUUGGAGGGGAGAGCAAGACGCUAGCAAUUGAGGAUGAGGUAGAUCAUGUGUAUGAGAGGCUGCAAGCUCUUGAAGCAGACCGGGAGUUUCUUAAACACUGUAUGAGCUCAAUUCAAAAGGGGGACAAAGGGAUGGAUCUUCUUCAAGAGAUACUGCAGCAUCUGCGUGAUCUCAGAGCAGUGGAGUUUCGUGUCAAGAGUAUGAGUGAAAGUCCUCUGAGUUGACUUGAGUACUGGAACUGUGAAAUGCAGAUGCUGCCCUUGGUCAAAGAGAAACAGCAGGGGAACCCCUAAAGCUAAACUGCAGGGCUGAAAGUUCCCAACGCCUCUGGUGGACCCGGCAAUUUUGCCAAAAAUGGCUGAAGGAUCUCUCGUUGGGAUGAGUGAUUCAGGUCUAGUUUGCCACUCUUCACUGGUGAAGUGAUCAUCAGUCCGAAAACAGGACUUCUUGGAUGUCCUGUGUUUGGGAGUCUCCUCUACUUCAAAAGACUGGAGUAGAAGAGCCUCCAACAAUUUUGGAAGCUACUCGUCCACCUCCUCAGUCUAAGGAGGCUGAAAGGCUCUCUUAUUUGUGUUGUAGACGAAUCGAGGAAAAGGCUUACCCAUGUUUCCAAGAGUGGCUGGGUGAACUAAACUCCCAGUAGUCCUCUGUUUUUUCUUCUUCCUUCCUUUUCACUUUGGGGGUUUCCUGAUUUGGGAUGGUUUAUAUGCUCUCACAUGGGUUGGUUUAUUGUAUUUUGUAAUGGAAUUUUUAUGUGGGGAGUUUGGUCGGUUGUUAGUUUGUAAUAUGAAAUAUCUGUUAGUUGCUGAAGACAAGAUGAUAACGCA